AUGGCAUUCCGUCAAGUGUUCACGACGCAAGUGCGUCACAUGAGCGCCCGCAGCUCCCGCAAGUUUUUCGUGGGCGGCAACUGGAAGUGCAAUGGCUCGCUGCACCAGGCGCAAGAGCUCGUGGGGAUGCUCAACACGGCCAAGAUCCCAUCCAACGUCGAGGUGGUGGUCGCGCCUUCCCAGGUGCACGCUGCCACAGUCAAAGCGUCUCUGCGCGCAGACGUGCGCGUCAGUGGCCAAGACGUGUGGACGCAAGGCGGUGGCGCCUUCACGGGCGAAACGUCGGCCGAGAUGCUCAAGGAUCUCGGCGCCGAGUACACGCUCGUGGGCCACAGUGAACGUCGGGAGAGGGGCGAGACCGAUGAGAUUGUGGCCAAGAAAGCGGCGUAUGCGCUCGAGAAAGGACUGGCGGUGAUUGCUUGCAUUGGCGAGACCAAGGAGCUGCGCGAGUCGAACCAGACCGUGCCGUUCAUUACCAAGCAGCUGGACGCGUAUGCUGCUGAGAUUAAAGACUGGACGAACGUCGUGAUUGCGUACGAACCCAUUUGGGCCAUCGGCACGGGUCUCACGGCCUCGCCAGAGCAGGCACAAGAAGCGCACGCGAGCAUUCGAGCCUGGCUCAAGGAGAAGAUCUCGCCCGAGGCAGCUGCGAACACGCGCGUCAUUUACGGCGGCUCUGUGGGAGCCAAGAAUGCCCCGGAGCUGUCACAGAAGGACGACAUUGACGGCUUCCUUGUCGGUGGCGCGUCGUUGAAACCCGACUUUCUGCACAUUAUCAACGCGCAGAACCCAACGGACAACGUCGGUGGGGCUGUGAAUGUAGCUAUUAACGGCUUUGGACGCAUUGGUCGGCUCGUGCUGCGUGCUGCUGCAAAGAACCCGCUGGUCAAUAUUGUAGCCAUCAAUGACCCGUUCAUCUCGACGACUUACAUGGAGUACAUGCUUGAGUACGACACAGUGCACGGGCGUUUUGACGGCGAGCUCUCGCACGAUGAGAAGCACAUUUAUGUGAAUGGCAAGUCCAUCCGCGUGUUCAACGAGAUGUCGCCUGCAGACAUCAAGUGGGGCGAGGAGCAUGUGCAGUACGUGGUGGAAUCCACGGGUGCGUUUACGUCCAUUGAGACAGCGUCGGCUCACAUGAAGAAUGGCGUGGAGAAAGUGGUGAUUUCCGCUCCAUCGGGCGACGCGCCCAUGUUCGUGAUGGGCGUGAACCACGAUCUGUACGAGAAGAACAUGCACGUGGUGUCGAACGCGUCGUGCACGACCAACUGUUUGGCGCCGCUGGCCAAGGUGGUGAACGACAAGUUUGGCAUCAAAGAGGGUCUCAUGACGACCGUGCACGCCGUGACGGCGACACAGAAGACAGUGGACAGCCCGUCGAAGAAAGACUGGCGUGGAGGUCGUGGCGCUUGCUUCAACAUCAUCCCCAGCUCCACUGGCGCUGCCAAGGCUGUGGGCAAGGUGAUUCCUAGUCUGAACGGCAAGCUCACUGGCAUGUCGUUCCGUGUGCCUACGGCCGAUGUGUCGGUUGUGGACCUCACUGCUCGUCUUGUGAACCCCGCGUCUUACGAUGAGAUCAAGGCUGCGAUCAAGUCGGCAUCGGAGAACGAGAUGAAGGGGAUCUUGGGCUACACGGAGAAGGCAGUGGUCUCAAGUGACUUUAUCGGCGACCCACGCUCGUCCAUCUUUGAUGCGAGCGCUGGCAUCGCCCUGACGGAUGAUUUUGUCAAGCUCGUGUCGUGGUACGACAACGAGUGGGGCUACAGCUCGCGCGUGCUGGAUCUGAUCGAGCACAUGGUCAAGAGCGAGUAA